AUGACAGAGUUGGUAGAAUUAACCCUUGCAUCAUCAAAAUCCAAAGAGCCUGAUUACAGCAGAAAAAGUCUGGCCGAGCUAAAAUAUGCUGUGGAAAAUAUUAAGACCAUCAUCAGUCAGUCUGAAAGAGACAGCAAGGUUGUUAGUGAUUACCGUAACCUCGUUGAGUCGGGACGGGAACAGUUUGAAGCGGAGGUGCGAUCUCUCUUGCCAGAAGUAAAGUUGGGUGAGACAAGUGAUAAGUUAACAAGAGAUGAACUGAACCUCCUCAUUGCGCAUGCUCACCGCAAAGUGUUGCAACUUCAGAACCAGCUUGCAAGGUUGCAGGCUGAAUCAGAGACCCUUGAGCAUGACCGCUUCAAGGAAGCCCUUAAUAAGCAGCGUGAUGAUGAUGCUGGGCUUUUGGAGGCAAAGGUCAAUGCAUCUCUAGAGAAGCAAAAGCAACAGCUUGAAGUUGAAUACAAACGAAAGGUUGCUCAGCUGCGUGAGGAGUUAGAAAGUGAACUGAGGGCACAGUUGAAACGUCAAGCUGCAGCACACAGCGACCAUCUUGCUGAUGUGCUGACCGUCCAAGAGAAAGAGCUUGAAAGCAAGUGGUCAGAACUGCUUCAGGAUAAAGUCCAGACAGAGAAGGACAAGUACCUUAGUUCCGUUGCUGUCAUGCAGGGCCAGCUGGAUGGGCUGAAGAAUGCACUGACAGCCCGAGCUGAUGUUGACAAAGCAGCAUAUUCAGCUCGAGAACUGUGGCUUGCUUGCGAGUCUUUGAGGAGUGCCCUUAGGCUAGGCAAGGAAGGUGCCAAGUCAUGGGAAGAACAGCUUAAACCACUUGAUGAACAUAUAACUGCUAUCAAAACUGCUGGAGGUGAAAACUCUUAUUUGAGUGCAGUGAUAGGGGCUGUGUCAGAAGAAGCUCGAACUCGUGGUGUAUAUACAGAAGAUGCCUUAAGAGAACGUUUCAUUAAAGUUGAUAGAAUCUGCAAGCGUGUAUCCAUGAUUGGAGACAAUGGUGGUUCUCUAAUCAAGUACAUGCUGUCUUACGUUCAAAGCUUCUUGAUUCUGAAUGCUUUCGAGUACUUGCCUGGCAGUGAAGUCCGUGAUGAAGAGGUUCCAGUUGACUCACUCUCUGUGUAUGACAUCUUAGCAAGAGCCAGAUAUUGCCUGGACAAAGAUGACCUCCUUCAAAGUGUACGUUACAUGAACCUUUUGCGUGGAGAAGCCCGCAAUGUUGCCUCCAGUUGGAUCAAGGAGGCUAGGCUAACCCUCGAAACACGUCAGGCAGCUGAUGCUCUGCUGGCUCAUGCUGCUGCUACAGCUGUUAAGGCACUUUGAAAGUUAUGAGGGUCAUAAUUUUGUUUAGAUAAAAAAUUGGAAUAAUAGUUAUUUUUUUUACUUAUGAAAACAUAAUUGAAACAAGUUUUCUGAAUCAAGGUUGUUAUAUCUGGCAUGCUGCAAAGAUAAGCAUGCUUAAAAUAUCACAUGAGGAAAAUGAGGCAAGAUAGGUUGUAAGCUCUAACUAUUGUAUACAAUAAGUUUGCCCUUAUUUUCAAUGUGAUUGAAUGUAUUUCUUAAAAAUUAUUAAGUUUUAGUCUGAUUUACUGUAUUCAGUAGUUAGCAGCUUAAAUUCUAUUGUGUUACAGUCAGAGCAAAAUUGAUCCAUUUUAAACUAAUAAUAUCAGCAUAAGUCUAACCAUGAUAACAAUGGGCUGUUAAUUUGUAUCUAACCAUGAAGUCACUUGCAUCAGAGGACAUAGGUUUUCAUAUUUUAUAUAUAUGCAUUGUUAUUAUGUGAUAUGUACAUACUGUUUCAUAUUCCUAAAGAAGAAAGUUAACUUUGGCAAAUGAAAUGAAAAUAACAUGUGUUUUGUCUGAUUCCAUCCUAAGUUACAUUCUAUUUUCAUAUAUAAAGAUCUUCAGUUGCUUAAAUUAUUUUGAUCUGGGACAGUAAGGCAUCUUCGUACAACAGCCUGUCAUUUUAUGAUAACUAUUGAAAGUUUGCCAGAUUGUAUGUUGAUUUGUCUUGUAAAUGUUCUCAUCUUUGAAAUGUAAUUUGUAAAUAGUUAUACAUGAUGACGUACCCAUCUUUGGUGGGGGUCAUGUUCAAAUAUUCCCAUGUAGAAUAAAAUGUAAGUAUUUCUCAAUAUGUACCUAACCUGGUAAAACAUUAUCAGUUGAAAUAGUGAUGUUUUACACUUUGAACAUUUCCAUGAUAAAAGGAAUGCACUUGGCUUCCACUAACCUCAGUUCUGCCAUAACAAUUUUGUCAUUCCAAGUGGUUCAGUCUUCUCUUGUACCUUUCUUGAUCAUUCUUUCUGGAAAUUUCUGGAAGGGAUGAUGGUUGAAGACUUUUAAGGUGAAUAUCCUUUCAAAUCUUCUUGACUAUAUAUAGUUUUUUUUUUGAGACUACAAAUUUUAUUGAAAUGAUGCUAUGAUCUAAUAAAUUUGUUUUUCUUCCAUUUCCUCUGACAUAUGUACAAGAGAAGAAACACUGAAUUACCAAUAAUGCAGAGUACCCAAAUGUAUUAUAAAAUUGAGGUAGAAGAUAAGUCUUAA